CUCUCCCCUCCCUCGUCUGCUCCACCGUGGUUCGCUACCGCUGUUUUUGUCGUUCCCCAGAGCUGUGCCACCUCGAGUCCUCGUCUUUGCCCAGAAAACGAGAAACUAUGAGAGCUUACAUUACAUGUCUGACAAAAGUGGAGCUUCAAUAGUUCGAUAAAAUUAAUGUCCCAUUCGCGCGCCUAGUCCACCGCGACCUAUUGCUUCUUCUCAUCACAUUUAAAAAGAGGAUUCUAUUAAAAUAGCAAAGAAGAGAAAAAAAAAAGGGCUUCAAGAAAAUGCCCAAGGAACGCAACUUCAACCCCGUCCAAGCGCAGCGGAAAGCAGACAAACAGAAAAGCUUGAAAAAGGCCAAAUCUGAGGCGCAGGCUCGCCAGAAUGAGAAACUCGCCCGUCGCAACCCCGAGCGCAUUCAGAGGCAGAUCAAUGACCUCAAAGCGGUAGAAGAGUCCGGCCAACAACUACGGCCGCGUGAUAAGGAGGUUUUGGAAGCAUUGGAGCGGGAUCUGCGUGCGGUACAGAAGGCCCGGGAAGCACUAGGUGAUAAGGCGCCGAAAUUCGAGAAUUACCAGUCGAGGAGGGGUGGCUUUGGCGGCAGAGGCCGCGGUGACGCCGUAUUAGGGAAGAGGAGGAGGGACGACCGUGGCCACUUCGGACAAGAUAGUGAGAGUAGUGAGACGGAUGAGGAAGUCCGACGAAUUCCUAUGCCGCGGGAUACGCCGCCACCAAUCCCUCGCCAAUACCAAAAGAAGAGAGAGGGUGAUGCAGAUGCAGGUCCUCGGGGACCACAUGGUUUACCGGCGAAACCGCCUGUGGUUGAAUCCAGAACUGUUUAUGAAGCGAAGCCAGAGAUCAAGGACCUGCGACAAGAGGCGGUUAAGAAAUUUGUUCCGGCUGCUGUUAGGGUUAAGCAGGAGGCCAUUCGAGGGCAAGGAAAGCUACUUGAGCCGGAGGAAAUGGAUCGACUAGAGAAAGCGGGUUAUAAUGCUGGUCCUUCGGAAGCUGCAGGACAAGAGAGCUCUGAUCAACCUGAUGAUGACGCUCAACAGCGGCUAUUAGAAGAGGAGAAACGAUUCAACCAGGAACUCAGAUCUGUACAGAUCGAGGACGUUGAAGAUGAGGAUGCAUGAAAUGUAU